CUAGUCAACUUUAAUAUCUUAAAUGGCAUAAUAUUUUAUGGCCCCCCAAAAUGGUUUAUAUUAAUUUAUAUUGUCCACACACAAUUACACAAACAUAGGCUCCAUCAAACUAAAUUGAACCGCGUUAAUAUUUUACACUUAAAGUCUCAUUCUUCGUUGACUCAUUGUAAUUUACACGAACUCACCAAUCUCAAUAAUAUACUAACACUCUGUUCAUAACUUCACUCUCCCCUUUUCAGUCCUUCAAAUACCACUUUUCUUUCUGUAUCUCAUCUUUUACUCACCGGAAAACCACUCAAAACCCCCUCAAAACCGCUUUCGAAAGGCAAAAACCACCGGUAAAUGGCGGCCGAAGAAGGCAGCUGCUGCCGAUGUUGUUGUAGUUUCAUAUUUACCAUUGGAUUAACAGCUCUAUUUAUGUGGCUAAAUCUUAAGCCUUCAAACCCAGUUUACUCCAUUGAAAACUUUAACGUUUUUGCCCUCAACAAAACCGCUAAUAAUUCCAUUUACUACAAAAACAACCACACAAUCCGUUAUGAUUUUAAGCUUAAUAAUAAGGAGAAUAAAGAUAAGGGUGUUUACUAUGAUGCCCUUAAUCUUACAUUUUAUUACUAUGAUGCCCUUAAUCCUAGCUUAGCUAAUAAGACCCUUCUUGGAAAUGACACUAUUACCCCUUUUUACCAAGGGCAUGGGAAGCGUACUCAUCGUGUUCGUACCAUUGAUGCUGGAGGGGUAAGAUGGGAAAACGCUACCGCAACAACGUCGUUUUUUAGAGUGGAGCUUAAUACAACGGUUCGGUUUAAGAUCGUGUUUUGGAAGACUAAACGCCGGCAUCGUUUCGGGUUGUUUGCUGACUUGCACGUUGAUGAACAAGGGAGUUUGCUUAAGAGGAAGAAGAAGGGUAUUAAGUUUAGGUCAGGAGCUAGGAAUAGUAAGUGUUGCAACUUUCAUUUGUUGGGAAUUUUGACUUUUAUUCUUUUGUGGUAGAUUAUUAUUGUUUUUGUUUAGCUAAGAAUUUAGUAGAUGGGAUUCAUCAAUUAUUGUUUUUGUUUUAUUGUAGUUUUAUUUUUCCUAUCUCAAUGGUGUACUUUAGUAAAUUGUUUUUUACAAGUAUAAUUUGUUACGGAGC